GAGGUUCAGAGGUUGAGCAUCAGGGCUGUGCCGGACCGUCACCGGCGAGCACCGCUGCCGAGCCUCGCAACAGUUUCCGUCACGGACGUCAACUCCGGUAGCCUCCCGUCCGCUCCGCCUCAUGCCGAACCACGCCGGAGCAGAACGGAAAACCCUCCGCCGCCGCCCAUGGAGCUUGCCGUCCGUGCCACCCAGAAGGCCCUCGUCAUCGGGAUUGGACUCCUCAUGCCCGUAACUGUCCAUUCCACCAGGAUUCGUCCUUCUCCAUCAUUGGGUGCCGUCGACGUCAUCUGCAGGUCCAGCGCAAUGGCCUUUGUCUUCCCUGCACCGUUGACCCACGCUACCCUCGAUGUCUCCUCGUUUGCUUAUCUUCCAGUGCCUGGACAUGCUACAUCGCGACCGCAACCCCAACCCCGCGUCGUCCCCAAGCCACCCCAUGGAUCCAGCCGUGCAAUCCUGUGCAUCGCCGUCAGUUCUGCCAAGUCUGAACCUGACAGAUGCUUCGUAGCUCGACUGGCUGGUGCCUUCCUCUCCCCUAAAGAUUGUUUUGUUUUUGGUUCAGAGUUCCGCAAGCGUGUCGGAAUGUGAGGACUCGUUCGACUACG